AAAAGCCUGUUGGCCAUUUAAAUACUGAUAGAAAGUGUGUGAGAACUGAUCUGGUGAAUUAUGAGCAAUCAAGGUAAAAGUCAAUACGGUUUUAGACAAGCAGGUAAAAAAAAAUCGGAUGUAUAUUCGCGCGUACCAGAUCAUAAUUGGAAAGCACAGUAGGAAGCAGAUCUGACAGAGAAAUGACAGAACCAGAAAAUCGGGGACGUGGCGCUGACCGCGUUUCUCUGACACGUUUACGCGGUGCCGUAAAGUAGAACACUGUAAAGUGGCUGCAGGUCGCAAUGUAAACAGAAAACUCGUGAUGGAUACUGGCUUAAAGACGAAGAGGAGAUACCAUAUUUUGUUCUUCGUUCUCAGGAAAAAUAGGAAUGACAGUGUUAAAGAUGAAAACAGGAGUAAGAAAAGAAAAUGCUCAAAAUGGGGCAGACAAUGGGUGGUAAUAACGGCAAUCCUGCUGGUCCUCUAUACAGUCUUUUCCAAACCGCACCUCUUCACAAACCUCUCUCACAAGAUAUCAAACUACAUCAACAUCAACUGGAACCUCACAAUACCGGAAGUAAGACAUGUGGGGUUCUUGAAAGUGCACAAGGCUGGCGGAAGUACCAUCCAAAACAUCCUCUUCCGGUUCGGAAUUCGUAGAAAUGUCUCAUUUGUUAUGCCAGUCACACAGUACAAGCUUUCCGAGUUUGGUAAAGUGCCUUAUGACAUUCUAAAUAAUAAACAGGGUCACCAUUUUGACAUACUAACGAUACAUUCAGUGUACAACGAAAGUGUAUACGCGCGGCUUCUUCCCAGGGACGCCGCCCGUGUCGCCAUAGUGAGGGACCCCCUCGAGGUGAUGGUCUCCGGGGCGUACUAUCACAGGGACGUCUGGGGCGUCGACUAUCUACGCAAAGUGCCUAAUGAUAAUUACAUCAAGAAUCUGAUAUUAUUUCCGGAAAUGUACGACAACAAUGAAUUUAGUUUAACUAGAAACAGCAUGGCAAUGGAUUUUGGUUUUCCAAAAGGGCUGCAUUGCACAGAGUCAGACAGGGUUCAGCAUUAUCUGUCCUACCUAAACGAGAAUUUUGACUUAGUGAUGAUACUUGAGCGUUUUGACGAGUCCCUUGUUUUACUGAAGAGAUUGUUACGCUGGACAUUAAAGGAUAUACUAUAUAUUCCGCAGAAUACUCACCACCAUCCUGCAAUAUCAGACUUGAAUCUCUCGUCUUCCGACAUCAGCAAGUUCGAACUCAGAAAUUUCCUGGAUGUUUCCUUAUACCACUACUUUUCCAACAUUUUCAAAUCAAAAGUGCUGGCGGCAGGUGAUGACUUUAAGUAUGAGGUCGAGCACCUGCAGAGCGUGGUUUCCAAGGUGACGGACUACUGCGUGUUCCACGAGCGACACUCCAGCUCACGUGACCUAACGGUUUACCAAUCUGAUUGGAACGCAGAAUUUACGGUGAACGCCGAAGACUGUCGGGAAAUGAUGACGUCAGAACUCUAUUUCAUUGACAAAAUACGCUCAGACGUCAAAUUAAAUCUCAGAGGUGUUUAUAACAAAACAUUCUCGUUUAAAGAUUUAUAAUAACGCGUUUGAUGUGUAGAACAUGGUUAAAUGAAUGGUUUAUUUUUAUACUAUUGAAAUUGUGAUAAGUUUGAAAUUGCUCACUACUCAAACAACAGCAUUACACUGUCGAAACGACUUUUAUGCAUUUAAACGUGCAUUUAUAGUUUAUUUUCUCUAUCAUUCCAAAAUACUGCAGAUACGCAUUUUAUUUCCAUAUUGAUUGAAUAUCGAGUUGUAUAAAGUUGGCAUGGUAUACAAAUAAGCAUGGACAUUAUAAAAUAUAUUCUGUCUAUAUACUACGGAACUCCGUUAGGACAAUCGCUCGUGAACGUGUUGAUCUAAAACGCGAUAAUCGAUGCGACGAUGAUAAAACACGCGAAAUCACGAAACUACGAUAACGAAAACGCGAUAUCACGAUGUAACGAUAGUAAAAACGCGUAAGUAUAUCGCGUUAUCAGCAUCGUACUUACGUGCUAUCGUAAUCAUAGUCUCGUGAUUUCGCGUUUUAUCAUCGUACUGUCUAAUAUCGCAAUUCAGAUCAACACGUUUACAUGCGAUGGUCCUAACGGAGUUCCAUAGUCUAUAUAAGUAUAGGUAAGACAAGAUAGUAAAAUGUGUAUCAUUGUUUAAGAUUCAGUCAAUUCUGAAGUUAAAAGCUCUUCAAUCGGUUUAAAGCUAGUCCAACUCAAACACUUCCAUACACUAAUCAAAACACAAAUGAGUAAUACACUUCUUGUAUUGUUGGUUUGGACCGUAAUUAUUUAGUGCUAAAUUGAAAGAAAAUUGUUAAAUAACGUUCAUAUGGAUGUUUUAGUUUUAUGUAAUAUGGCAUUGUGUAUUUCCGUGAUUGUCUGUUUGAUUUGUGUCGGUAUGUAUUCAAACAGGCUCUUAGUUAAAAGGUUGGUUUUUUAUACCGACUUUCUCCAAUGUUUUAAAGCGUGUUAAUUAAGCUAAAUUUCGUACAUUAUCUUGAUUUUUUUAAUAGAAAAAAGUUCAUCGUGAUCAUCAUAAAAGUUUCCCUUUAAAGUCCCAAAGGUCAUAAACUUGUGAAGAAGUCCGAUAAAGUGGUUCACUUCGUCUGGUUCACUUCGGUAAUACAUCACUUCGUCUGAAAUUCGCGUCAUUCAUCGUACAUGACCGUUUCUACUGUUUGAAGAAGUUUGAUAAAGCUAUCACGUUUUAAAUCUAUGUUAUAUAGUUAAGACUUUAUGCAACAAAGUGUGUUAAUAAAGUAUGAACAUUGGCUUGUGCGAUGUAUUUGUUGUAUAUUGUUUGAUUGUUUAAAAUGUUAUUUGUUAUUUGCAACUAGUAAAGCAUGGAAAGUCGUA